UCAUCUUGAUAAAAAUUUGUGUCAUCAGCCAUUAUUUUUACCUCAAAACUAGUAUUUCUCACUGUUUUAAUAUUUUCUGUGAAACUUAUUGGUGGCUCAUGUGAAGUUCCUUAGAAUAACAAUAGUAUUAAUCAUUUGCCAUGGAAUCCCUGUGUAAUAAUUACACCAGUGAUGACGAAAAUGACAGCAAUUGCAAGGACAGCCCAAGAUCCUCCAAUUCAAAAUCAGAAUCUAAGGAGAUGGAUGCAAACUAUGAAUCAAUAACUAUGGAUAUGAGUGAGGAUUCAUCAUCAGGGAGCGAACCUACUGCAACGACAGAAAAACCGGUGCGAAAGAGAUAUGGUGGCCGUCGAAGUUCGUCCUCCUCAGAUUCGUCCUCAGAAUCGCGGUCAUCAGAAUCAUCAGGCAGUCCGAUCCGCCGGGAGAAAGACAAAAGCCGCUCCAAAACAAAAGAACGAUCAGUGUCGCCUGAUCGUCGUACCUCUGUUGAGAAACGUGGGAAGAGUGAGAGUCGGUCCAAGUAUGAUGACAAAAGCUCUAAAGAUAGAAAAUCAGCAGACAGAAACGGGAGAAGCAAGCGAUCCAGGGACCGAAGCCCUAGGGACAGGCGGAGGUCUCGGUCUCGUGACCGGAAGUCUGACGAUAGCAAGCGUAUUCGAAAGGACAGGGAUGAGGACUUAGAGAAGAAAGAUCGAAAAAGGGAUCGCGAUUAUCAUGAUAGAAGCUCAAGAAAGCGCUCCUCACGGAGUCCCUCGGACAAAGACAGGUAUAGAUCAAAACAAUAUAGGUCAAAACGUUCAAGGUCCAGGUCAAGAUCGAGAAGGUCAAAAUCAAGGUCUCACUCAAGGAGAAGGUCCAGAUCUCGCUCUUCAUCAGGAUCCCCUCGCCAUCGCAGUUCACAUCACAGGAGAGAUUCUAGGGAUAUCCGCAGGAGUAGAGACAGAUCUCACACCAAGUCAAGUCAUAGCUAUGCUUCAGAAAAGACUAAAAAUAAGCUUCAAGUGUUAGAAAAACUAGGCAUCGAAUUGAAAGUGCCGUCGGCGCUACCAGGUAUGGCAAACAGCAGUAGCACUGCAAAUUCAGUCACAAACCAAGUGAAUCCUCAAUCCCUUCUGCAACAGUCUCUCAAAGAACAAGUUGAGAAGGUGAAAUCUGCCACCGGAAUAGAGUUACCCAGUUAUUACAAUCCUGCCGCUGUAAAUCCGACCAAGUAUGCUGAGCAGAUACAGAAACGUCGUCUCCUCUGGGGCAACAAAGAUAAGCAGCUGAACAAUGCAACUGCAACACCCAAACCAGCCGAGGCAGUAGCACCUGCUCCCAGCUCCACAGCAACAGCUGCCAGCGGUGGAACUAUCUGGCAAGGGGCCAAGUUCGGCGAUCAAGAUGGCAAAAUGACCGCCAAAUUUCAACGACUUAUGGGCAUUAAGCAACCAAGCUCUGAACAACCCACCAGUAGCAGUGGUCCUCCAGCAGCUGAGAAGUCGGAACUGAUCAAGAAACAAGAAGAGAUGUUCUCCUCUAUGGAGAGUCAGUACGAAGUUGCAAGGCUUGCCACGCACACGCAUCGUGGUGUUGGUUUAGGUUUUGGCACUUUCCAGUAUCCACGGUGAAAAAGCCUCCGCAAAAUUUGAUCUCUCAGCCAAGUUGAAGCUGUACAAGAAACUUGUACGGAUAGUUUUCUAAUUGUAAAUUUCUUGUAUUGUGUUUUAAGCCGUGUUAAGUCUUGAAACUUUUUGGCCUUCCCUAUCACGUUGUCCUAGGAGAUUUUUCGCUCACCAUCGAAUCUACAACUGUAAGUUAUAAGUCGGUAGAAUCUUUUCUUUUUGAUUUUUCUCACCAUGCAAGGUGCAAGUUUUGAAACACUGUUAUAAUCUUCACACGAAUUGAUGAUUUUUUUUUCCUAGAAGAAAUUCUGGGUUCAUCUUUACAUUCAUAUCUGUUCUUAAAAAAAGUUACCAUCAGGUAUACAUUUUUUGGCAUAUUGCAGCUAAGUUUUCUAACCCUUGGGACUGAAGGAACUCUCCGCACUCAUUUUUAGCAUAUCUAUGAAAAAUCUGACAGAAUAGUAGUUUUUUUUUCUUUAUACUAUGAGCAAUUGUGCGUUUAAGUUUUGAAUAAAGUUGGAGAUAAAGCAUCAAUUUUUGUUUGAUUUUUUCUAAUGCAAUACCUUAAUUUAUUUGUCCUUUUUGCACUGUAAACGCAAUUUAUUUUAAUAUUUUAGGAAGCAUUGGCUACUCAGGUUUUCACUUAACUCUCUUGAUUGUUUAAUUUUAUACUUUGAUUUUAUUAAGAUGUAAAAAUUGCAUCUAUCAUCAUCCCAUCACCCAAAAUAUAUGUGGUACAUCCCUAAUUAGAAGGAAUCAUGUUUUCAUUCCAUCUGCAAUUUAUAAAAAAGCUCCCAAAUUUGUCACCAUUCUGCAGAAUUUAUUUGUCUUCUCUUUCAUAUCUUAGAAAAUGUUUCAGUUGGGUUUUGCAUGCUUAAUAGCCUGGUUAUCCGGAGGCUUUUUUGUAAAUGUAUCUUUCAUCAUUACAGAUAGGAUCUAGUGUUUGAAAAGAGCUGUUUUUUGCAGCUCUAAAAAAAAUUAUGAUAAAUGCAUGAGAAGUUACAACAACAUUGUAUAAAUGUUCAUUUGAUAAAAAAGAUCCAACAUUUAUAAGCUCAGAACGAAUAUGAGAAAAUAUGAGAAAAGCAUACGAAACGUAACUUUCAGACCACAUGCCAAAGUUUUUUCUUCACUAGAAGCGGACAGAGGUCAAUAAAUGCAAAUCCUCACAAAAAUGGUCUCAUAUUUUAUAGUCCCCUACAUUAAUGUUAAAUGAAUGAAUGAAUAUUUCUGGAGAUAAAGUGUAACAACUAUGUUUUGUUUACUUCACCCUUGGCUGAUUUCUGUACAUAAUCUAUGACAAAGAAGCCUUGAAUUGCAUAUUCUCUCUAGUUUUAUAAUUUUUACUGCGGCAGUUCUUUUCCUCGUUUCAUUUCCUUCAAUAGUUCAGAAACUUGUUCAGCAGCCAGAAUAAAUUUGUAUUUAUUUCUAGGGAGAAAAAAUUAUGUUAAGUGUCUAUGAACUCUUGUUUGAAGAAAUUAUAGAAUGUUCUACUGAGAAUAAACAAUGAAUGAUGGUC